AUGGCAGAUAUUGCUGUCAUUGGCAUGGGUUGCCGAUUCCCUGGCGACGCCAAAUCCCCUACGGAGUUCCAUGAGAUGCUUUUGGCUGGACGCAGCGGCUGGUCUGAGGUUCCCAAGGAUCGCUUCAACGUCGAUGCUUAUUGGCAUCCGAGCCACGAUCGCAAAGGAGCGACGGUCUCCCGUGGUGGACACUUUCUCUCCGAGGACGUUGGAUUGUUCGAUGCUCCAUUCUUCUCUAUGACCCAGGCGGAAGCGAACGCUAUGGAUCCUCAACAUCGGAUGUUACUCGAGGUCACCUAUGAGACCUUAGAAAAUGCUGGCGUUCCCAUGAGCACGAUCGUUGGCUCCGACAUGUCUUGCUAUGUCGGUGGCUUCAGCAGAGAAUACCACAUCGUCUGUUCGACAGACUUGAAUGACACCCUGCCAUACACGACCACCGGAAACGGUCUUACCAUGAUGUCUAACCGCCUGAGCUGGUUUUACGACAUCCGGGGACCGUCCAUGACUCUCGAUACGGCAUGUUCGAGCUCUUUGGUGGCCCUCAGCCUGGCUGUCCAGAAUAUUCGCGACUCGAAAAGCACGACCCGUCAGUCCCUGGUUGCUGGGUCUAACCUGAUCUUAUUACCAGACCAGAUGACCGCGAUGAAUCCACUUAACUUUCUCAGUCCUGACAGCCAGUGUUACUCCUUCGACGAACGCGCGAAUGGCUACGUCAGAGGCGAGGGCGUUGGUGUCGUAUUACUGAAACACAUCGACGAUGCCAGGCGCGACGGAGACUACAUUCGCGGCGUCAUCAGGAACGUCGUUUGCAAUCAAGAUGGUAGAACGCCGGGCAUCACCUUGCCAAGCUCGGACGCGCAGGUGUCGCUGAUACGUCAAGCGUACGAGUCAGCAGGCCUGGGUCUGGACGAGACUGGUUAUUUCGAGGCCCACGGCACAGGAACAGCUGCUGGCGAUCCACUCGAAGUAUCAGCCAUUGCGGCUGCCUUUCAAAGAGAGAAAGAAGGGCGCAAACCUCUCUUGAUCGGGUCCGUGAAGCCAAAUAUUGGACAUCUUGAAGGGGGAGCGGGCAUGGCAGGACUGAUCAAGACCAUCCUGGCCUUGGAGUCCGGCAUCAUUCCAGGAAAUAUUCUGUUUGAGAAUGCCAAUCCUCGGCUCGGACUGGAAUCGCGAAAUUUGAAGGUCGUACAAGGUCCCACAGCCUGGCCGAGGGAUGGUUUGCGGCGAGCAUCCGUGAAUUCCUUCGGUUAUGGUGGAACGAACGCACAUUGUAUUGUUGAUGACGCGGAGCACUAUCUCGCUGCCAGAGGGCUGAGUGGAAACACACAGCGCAGUAUCCACACCGACAGGAUCACAGGCGCACCCACGGCCGGUGUUCCAUCUGCAGAUUCCGGGUUUGUCUCCGAGUCUAGCGACACCGAAAGCGUCCACGAUCUCAAGGUCAAGGCGGACUGCAAGGUGUUCAUCAUGUCAGCACCAGACCAAGCUGCGCUGAGUCGCAUUGUACGAGGUCAUGCGGACUACUUGCAGGCUUGCUUCAAUGGCAACGCUGUUGAGGCCCAGCAGCUCCUGCAAAGGCUGGCUUUCACAUACAGCAAUCGUCGGACGACGUUCCAGUGGCGCCAAGCCGUGAUUGCAAACUCGAUCGAGGCUCUUGUUGCCAAGUUGCAGAGCAAUGUUGUCAAGCCCGAACGCGCCGGGAAGAAUCCAUUGGUGCUUUUCUGUUUCACCGGCCAGGGUGCGCAAUGGUAUGGAAUGGGCCGGGAGCUUCUCCGCUACGAGGUAUUUCGACGAUCGAUCCAAACCGCAGACGAUUGCUUACGCUCAUUGGGCGCCACGUGGAGCGCGUUGCGGAUACUUGAAGCUAAAGAGGUCAUUGAUGCCGACAUCAGCGCACCCGGCCUGGCGCAGCCUCUGUGCACCGUGCUCCAGGUGGCUCUUGUCGACUUGCUGGCGCACUGGAACAUCCUCCCGAGUGCCGUUGUUGGCCAUUCCUCUGGCGAAAUCGCUGCAGCUUACGCGACGGGCACUCUCUCCGCGGUCAGCAGCUGGCAGGUCGCCUUCCAUCGCGGUCGUCUUGCCGAAGAGCUCGCCCGGCAGCAUCCCAACCUAAGUGGCGGCAUGAUGGCCGUGGGACUGUCCCGAACCGAUACGGAGAUGUACAUCCAGAGAUUGAGGCCAUCGGACGCGCAGGUGGUGAGCGUCGCAUGCUGCAAUUCGCCGGAAAGCACCACGGUUUCUGGCGAUGUUGGCCUGCUCGACCAGCUAGAGGCGAAGCUCAAGGACGCAGGCGUCUUCGUGCGCCGGCUGCGCGUCAAGAUGGCAUAUCAUUCCAAGCACAUGCAGCUGCUUGCGGAUGACUAUCGUGAAAGCCUGCGGCAUCUCGCUGUCAGCACGAAAGUCAAUCGCAAUGCGAGCGUUGCCAUGUAUUCCAGCGUCACCGGCGCUCUUGUACGGCCGGAAGAUCUUGGUGCUGAUUAUUGGGUGCAAAACAUGGUCUCGCCCGUGCUGUUCGAUGCCGCUGUGCAGUCCGCCCUUCAACGAGCAGGAUCAGGACGUCGUCGCAUAACACAGGUGGUUGAAAUUGGUCCUGCGGCCGCGCUAGCGGGGCCGCUCCGGCAGAUCCUCGGCACCAACACCGCCAAUGCCACCAUCGCAUACCACUCCAUUCUGCAGCGAAAGGAGAAUGCACAGCUCUCGGCACUUACCACCGCCGGGGCACUCUGGUCGGCGGGUGUGUUCGUCGACAUUGCCAGGGUGAACAGUCGUCCUCAGAUCGUCGCUCCAUGGGCUCCUGUCAUCGAAUUGCCCAGAUAUCCGUGGAAUCACGAGACCAGAUAUUGGCAGGAAAGCACUUUGUCCAAGAGUCUACGUUUCCGUCACUCGCCUCGCACCGACUUGCUGGGAGAGCCGAUCCGAGAAUUCUCAUGGGCAGAGCCGACUUGGAAGAACUAUAUCCAUGUCUCGGAGCAGCCUUGGAUUGCUGACCACGUCGUUCGUGGCAGCGAUGUGUUUCCUGCCGCAGCCAUGAUUUGUGCAGCCAUCGAGGGCGUCAAGCAGUGCGCGGUGCCUGGUAAGAUGAUCAAAAGCUUCGAUCUUCGUGACGUUGCCAUCCGUCGUGCACUGGUCAUUCCUGCGUCCGAUCCGGGACUUGAAGUUUUCACCAAGUUGCGGCCUCAGCGGCGCGGAACUCGAGGCUUUUCUAACUGGUAUGAUUUCAGCUUUGAGUCCCUUGAGAUAUCUCACGGGCCUGAGCGGAGGUACAAGGAGCAUUGCUCGGGUCAGAUCUCGAUUGUCUACGACGAUGACAACCCAGCCAGUGUGUCCGAGUACACGGCUACGCAUGCCGCUGACAAGGCCGUUUUCGAGCAUGCGGAAGGAGUGUGUACGCGUGCUAUGACCGCCGAGGAGCAUUAUGCUGCGACUGCAAGGAUUGGCCUCAUUUAUGGACCGUCUUUCCAAGGUCUCAGAGCUGUCAAAACCGGAGACGGAUACGCUACAUUCGAGAUCGAAGUCAGCGACACCAAGAAGACGAUGCCCGCUCAUUUUGAGUUCCCCUAUGUCCUUCAUCCAAAUUUCCUCGACAGCGCGAUGCAGUCUGCAUACCAAGCACUAACCCACGGCAGACACGAAGGUGAAGGUGAAACCAUCGUUCCAACUGAAUUCAAACUCAUGCGCAUUUCGAACAAUUUGUCGACAGCAAGUGGCGAAGGAUUCUUGGGCUUCGUCAAAUCUGCCUGGAUCAGCCAGAAAAGUUGUGCUGCAACAAUCAAGGUAGCCAGGAAGGACUGGUCGGAGACUUUACUUGAGCUCAGCGACUGCACUUUCACAGGCCUUGGAGAUUCAAAACAGCAAAAUCUUGAAGGAAGAGUCGAGCGAAGACUGGCAGCCAAAAAUGUCUGGAAGCCGGUGGUCAGUCUCGUCGACACGGCAGGAUCUGACAUGCAGAAACUCAUUGCAAGGGAUAUGGAGUCCAGAACUUCAGUUGGAAUGGCCGAGGCAGUCUUCACCCAAGCAGCGUUCAUUUUUCUUAAACGGGCUGUGGAAGCUCUAACUCCAGAGGUGGAAGCGACAUUGACCGGGCACUGGAUACCUUAUACUCAAUGGCUCAAGCACAAAUACGAAGACGGUCGAGCUGGAAGGCUGUUCGGUCAAGCUCGAUCAACAGACAAUUGGUGCGAUAUGACUGCCGCGCAGGAGACAGAGUUUCUCGAAAGCGCAGAACAGAUGCAUCCGCACGAUAUGAAACUGCUCGUUGCAGUGGGUCGCGAGCUCUCAGACCUGUUGACAGGACGUCAGCAGCCGUUGCCCAUAAUGCUCAUUGACGAUACGCUGUCCAACUUCUACGCCGAUGCAAUGUGUUCGAAGUCAGGGUUGAACAUGAUCCGAGAAUUGUUCGACCUGCUCGGCCAUGAGAACCCUGGCAUGAAAGUGUUGGAGAUCGGAGCAGGCACGGCAUCUGUGAGCGUUCCUGUGGUGACGAUUCUUGGACACGAUGACGGCCGGGCACCUCGUUUCGGCUCUUACACAUUCACGGACAUCUCCACUGGCUGGUUCGCCAAAGCUCAAGAGCAUCUGAAGCCAUAUGAGAACUAUGUGAAGUACCAAAGGCUGGACAUUGAAUUGGAUCCGCUCGAGCAAGGCUUCGAGGCCGAGACAUAUGAUGUGAUAGUCGCCAGCAACGUCCUCCACGCUACGAAGCGAAUUGACGUAACGCUGAGCAAUUGCUUCAAGUUGUUAAAACCGGGUGGCAAGCUCGUCAUUGGAGAGUUGACAGCGCGUCUUGAUCACUUUGGCGUCAUAUUUGGUACUCUUCCAGGUUGGUGGCUAUCAGAGGAUGGGCGCACCGGCGGCCCUUUGAUGACACAAGAGGAGUGGAGCGAGGUCCUCCUGAAAGCCAAAUUCUCAGGACUUGACGUUGCCGUGGCUAUCGAAGACGACGAGAACACCAGGAUCUUGUCGACUAUGGUGUCGACCAAGCCAAAGGAUCUUGUUCAGCCAGCCCUCGACAAGGCUUUCAUUGUCAAACCAUACAUACCAUCAGACAUGGCCACUUCGAUCCUCCACGCACUGGAGCAACAAUUCGGGGCCAAGGGUGUCAACACCACAUCUCUUGCACUCGAAGAAGCAGCUCUGAUAGCCCACCGCAACGAACUCUCGGCCAAGAACAUCGCUGUAGUGUCUCUGCUCGAGGUUGAAACGCCAGUGUUCCACAAUCCUUCGCAAGAGCUGUUUGAGAAAGUCCGCACCAUUAUUCUCAAGAGCAAUCUGCUGCUCUGGUGCGCCUGCAACAAUGAUGAGAAUGGUAUCUGUCCACCUGAGGCAUGCGCCAUCUCUGGUCUGAUGAGAGUCGCACGUUCGGAGAAUCCUGCUGUUCGGCCAUUCGAGAUUAGGCUGCAAGCUCGGCCACAGAGCGAACUCCACGUCACAGCUAGCAGAUUGUGGGCGACCAUUUCUGAGCUGUGGGCUGUGGAGGGUAGUAUCACUAAUGAGAACGAGCUGUCGGAGGCCCAUGGAUACAUGACCGUGCCACGAAUCAUGGACGAUGAACCACUGAAUGGGAUCAUGCGGAAUCUCGGUGGAGCUCCAGAGCCAGAACUCCAGCAGAUGAAGCAGAUCGGACGGCCUCUAAAGCUACAGACGACCAAGAACAGCCGUGUAGAGACUCUGUUCUUCUCCGUAGACGACGAUGCGGCGACAAUGCUACCUGCUACCUUCGUUGAAGUCGAGGCCAAGGCGCACGGAAUCAACUACUCCGACGUUGGAGCAGCUUCUGGCAAGGAGCCCAGCCUCAUGCUCGGGACCGAUGCUGCAGGCAUUGUUUCUCGGGUCGGAUCCGCUGUCACUAAACUGGAGGUGGGCGACAGAGUUGCUCUUGUGAUUCCAAAUGCGUUCCGGACUCAUAUCGCAGUCAGUCAGGAUAUCCCGCAAGUGAUUCCGGACUCCAUGAGCUUUGAGGAAGCAGCGGCGACCCCAUUCGUGUUCAUGGCUGCAUACUAUGGAGCCGUAGACUCCGCCCGGUUGAUGCAUGGCGAAAAGAUUUUGAUAUCACAGGCCGCGAGUUCUCUUGGGCAAGCUCUGGUGACCAUAGCGAACCAUCUUGGCGCGGACAUUUAUGCAACCGCCAGCUCCUCGGCCAAACGGAUAGUGCUCGAAAGAGACUUUGGAUUCUCACCCAAUCGCAUACUAGACUCGUCCAGUGCGGUCUUUGCGCAGUCGGUCUGGCGCAUCGCUGGGGGUAAAGGUUUCGAUGUGGUCUUCAACCUGUUCGGAGGGGAAGACAUGGCAUCGCUUUGCGGCUGUGUUUCACCGCUCGGCAGGAUCAUCAACUUCAAUUUAGAAGACACCAAGGCCAACGCACCACUCCGACUCGGGUCUUUGGGCAGAAACGUCUCCUUCAAAUCCAUUGACAUGAAGUACAUCCUGCAAAACGAGCCGCAGCUCGCCUCGACUCUGCUGACGAAAGUCUUUGCAUUGUUCCGCUUGGGUAUGACUCCGGUCUCGAAGCCGUUGGUGUUCAACUACACCGAUCUGACGGCUGCGUUCCUUGCGGCGCAGAGAAGUGACGUCGUUGGCAAAGUCGUUCUGCGGCUGGAUGAGACUUCGCAAGUGUUGACAAUGCCACAUGACCAGCAUCCCUUGAAGCUCACCGCGGAUGCCACCUAUGUCAUUGCAGGCGGAUUAGGAGGCGUGGGUCGCGCUUUGGCAUGCUAUCUUGCAGACUGCGGAGCGCGAAACUUUGCCCUACUGUCUCGUUCCACGAAGGUGGGUGACAAAGCCGCCCAGACCAUUGCUUACCUUGAGAGUCUCGAUGCUCGUGUGAAAGUCAUUGGCUGCGACAUUUCAAAUCGAGAGAAUGUGGAGAGUGCGUUGGAAAGCAUGGCGGACAUGCCCAAAGUUCGCGGUGUUGUACAGGCAGCUAUGGUCCUGCAAGACGGUCUGUACGAGAACCUAACCCACGAACAGUGGAUGUCAGCGACCCGGCCAAAGAUUGCAGGCUCUUGGAAUCUGCACGAAGUCCUGCCCAAAGACGUCGACUUCUUCAUCAUGCUGUCUUCGAUCGCCGGCCUCAUUGGCAGUCCUGGUCAGUCCAAUUACAGCUCUGGCAACACCUAUCAAGACGCACUGUGCCACUACCGACGCAAGAUGGGUCUGAAAGCAACCACGAUGAAUCUGGGCGGUAUCGGAAGUUUCGGUUGGCUCGAAGAGCACAGAGAAGCAUCAUCAAUCGCAGAGGCUCUAGGUGACCUGAUAAUCGAGCCAACGGAGCUACUGACCAUGUUCAAGAGCGCAGUGACGGGCUACACCUCAAAGUCCAACACGUGCCCAACGCAAUUAAUCAUGGGCAUCGGUUCAGGCGGCACCAACGCAGCCCACAUUGCCGACGGCACUCGCGAUCCAUACUUCUGGCUCAACGCACAAAGCCGCUUCCGCUACCUCCGCCAACUGGACCUCCCCACUGCCACCGUCGACAAUUCCAGCACCCCCAGCGCGAACUUCAAAACCCUCUUAGCGGCCGCGACGACCAUCCCCGACGCCGCCGCGAUCGUGCAAGUCGCUCUGACAGCCAAGCUCGCCAAGUCGCUCAUGAUGGCGCCGGAGGACAUCGACAUCUCUCUCCCGACGUCCUCGUACGGCGUCGACUCGCUCGUGGCGGCGGAACUACGCAAUUGGUGUGCGGCGGAAGUCGAAGCGGCCAUGUCUGUUUUCGAGCUGCUGGAUGCUAAGCCUAUUGGUCAGCUCGCGGUCGAUAUUGCGAGGAAGAGUGCUGUGCUUUCGGAGACGGUUAGGCGUGAGUAG